AUGCAGCUUUCUGCGUGUUCGUGUUGGGUUUCAGACGGGUCGCCGGAUCACUCAGGAUGGACGUUCGGAUACCAUCCGGUUGAUGACAUUAUUGGCGUUUGGGAUGCGCCCCCGAAAUUUGUUCCCAGCAAAGGACUUCCGGAUGGUCCUCUGAUAGGCAAUGGCGAUCUUGGGGCAGCGUUGGCUUGGCUACCAUCCUUUCCACAGCUCGAUGUGCACAUUGGGCACAACGCCUUUUUUGCAGCGCCGGUUGCUGGCACGACGUCGUGCGGAUAUGCUCCUGGAGGGCGCAAGGCCAUGUCCUGUUUGCAUGUCUCGUUACAUGCUGUGGACUUGAACAACCAAGCAGGUCCCGUACUAGCGUUUUCUCCAGUACCAUGCUCAUUGCUGGCAUCUUGA